UCGGAACAGUCAACAACUAUAGCCAUGUUUAAAAAACGAUGAUUGUAUGCCUGUGUUCAAAACAAAGGUUAACAAUUUAAAUUUGAACAGGGACUAUAUAGGAGAACUGUAGGAGGAGGGUAGGAUUGCACAGACUAGGGAGGGACGAUGGACGUGCUUCUCCAGAAUUAUGUCCCCCGGAGGACCAUCGAUAGAAUCAUGUUCGUCUACUUGUUGCUAUUGGUCCAUAAUAUUAUGUUUUAUCUCUUUUACAUUGUUUUACCUUGGCGCAAGGAAAACUAUGGAACCAGUGAUCUAACAAUUUAUUUAUAUGAGGUGUGGAUUUUGUUUCUGUAUGUGAAUGUAAUGGGAGGCACGUGGAGGGUAGUCAUGACUAACACUACAACAAAAGGAAUAGUACUACCAAGUGUACUAAAACAAGGUUGGACUUACUGUUACUUUUGUCAGACCAACGCUCCACCGCGAUCCUACCACUGUGGAAUAUGUAACGUGUGUGUACUCAAGCGUGACCAUCACUGCAUCUACACAGGUCGCUGCAUUGGAUACUUUAACUACCGGUACUAUCUGACGAUUCUGUUCUACUCGCUGAUGCUCGCCGUUUUUACUUCCACUAUGAGCAUGAGUCUCGCCUGGGACAUGCUUGGAGAUUUUUCGGCCUAUAAUUUACUUGGAUUUAUUUUCCCGAUAGUAAUGUUCGUGUUUGGAGUUUUUAACUUUUACAAGGCGUAUACAGUACUUAUGUCUUUCAUUGCCACCCUGUUUUCCGUAAUGUUGUCCAUUCUGACGGUCUGGCACAUAAAACAUGUCUGCCAUAACAUGACAACAUACGAACGGAGGCACGGCAUAUACACGUACGACCUUGGACUUUGGGAAAACCUCAGACAAAUUCUGGGCAAGAAUUGGCGUGUGUCGUGGCUUUGUCCGUUUAUUCCCUCUCCACUUCCGGGAGAUGGUCUGGAGUUUCCAACUAAAGGCAGCUAUGAAAGUCCGAAAGAUCUCUAAUAGACAUGACAAAUGCUGUUCAAAGUGUUCAUGAUGGGCGAUAUUAAUAAUUAAAAAUGUUUUUCAGUACACCACUUGUUUCUGGAUAACUCUAACGCAUGUAUACUACUACUUAAUUAUUUUUCGCUCACAUAAACUAAAAUCUUUUUUUUUUGUUGCUUUUUGUUAUAUUAAUUUUAUUCCACGAGCAAUCAAUAUACAUGUGGUGAGAGAAUCGCUGCAUCAUCGCUUGAUUCACUAAAAGUUUCUUUUUCCGUUUGUUGUAAUAAAUCAACACAGAUGGAU